AUGUUUUGCAAGGGAACACGCCAUACAAUUGGACAGACGGCGUUUGGCAUUGUGCGCCGUGGUCUUCACCAAGUUCCCGUUUUAAAAAAUCAAACAAAAUUUGCCCAAUCUGGAAUUGAAGGACUCUACUCAGCCAAAGGCUUCAACAGUAUCUGGACAGAAUACCAGAAGUACUUGACGUUGAACUUGACGUUGCACACAAAUGGCACAGAGAAUGAGCUCAAGACUCCAUACCAGAUUUUGCUCCACACAGCCAAACAGACAACUGAACAACAUAUUUUCCACUACGCUUCCCAGGCUCACAAUAAUCACUUCUUUGUAGAACAGCUUACAGACAAAGAGGAAGCUGCCAAGACCAGACCGUCACGUUUAUUGAUGGAAAAGCUUGCUUAUGAAGACAUUUCCGACGUAGAGACUUUCCGAGACAGAAUGCUCCUUUUAGCGGACUCCUCGUUUGGCCAGGGCUGGGUGUUCCUUGUAGAAAGACCAGAUAAGUCGUUGAAGGUUGUGAGAUGCAACAACGAUGGUACACCUUACUACUACGGCAAAAACCAGUCGUUGGACUUGAAUGGUGGAGUUGAUGAGGGCAGUUUCGAGUACUUGAACAAGUUGAACGAAAGAGCUGCAGAGGGUGAAAGAGACUACUCUCUUCCAAUCUUGGCAAUCAACUGCUGGGAACAUGCCUACAUCACUGAUUACGGGGUUUCGGGAAAAGCUGACUACUUGACCAAUAUGUGGGAAUGCAUCAACUGGGACGUAGUGAACAAGAGACUUUUCCAGAUCUAA